UCUCACACAUGCAGUAUUUACUUGCUUGUGCUUCUCGCUUGUACAGGUGUGAACACCUUAAUCGCACUCAGCUUCGGACCUGCGGACCAAAACAACCACACCGAGACUGUUUGGAGGUUCUAAACAAACGUGAUCCGAGCCAACUCCCUGGUGUACGCUGCAAUUUGGAGCUAAACGCUUUCCAGAAGCCGUAAAGGCUUUACAUUCCGGGGUGCGGUAGGGUACGGUAUACGUACAGAGUUCAAACUGUCACUUGAGACUACCGACUAACCAUAAAGUUUAUGUGACCCAUUUCUGACUCAUCUGACCAGCUGACUAAACGUUCUCACGUGGUUUGUAAUGACUUGUUCAACAGGAAAGCUACAGGUCGGCACAAACAAGUGAAGACAUGGAGACAAUAUACAGUGUCCUCGGGUUGGAGUGGAUAGACUUCAGCAGUAUUUUGUUAUUCCUGUGUGUUUUUCUGCUCCUGGCUGAUUUUUUGAAGAACAGAGUGCCGAGAAAUUUUCCUCCUGGACCCUGGGCUCUUCCUUUCAUCGGUAAUCUUCAUCGCAUCAGACCUGACAGACUUCACCUGCAAUUCGCAGAGUUUGCAGAGAAAUAUGGAAAGAUUUUCAGCCUUCGACUCUUUGGCGGAAGACUUGUGGUGCUUAAUGGCUACAAACUUUUGAGAGAUGUGCUGGUCCAACAAGGAGAAGACUUCAUAGAUCGUCCCACGUUACCCUCAUUUGAAAACUUACUUGGGAAUAAUGGUCUUCUGAUGUCAAAUGGGUAUCGGUGGAAGCAGCAGAGGAGAUUUACUCUUCAUACACUCAAAAACUUUGGUCUGGGCAAGAAGACCCUGGAGUUAUCCAUCCAGCAGGAGUGCCAGUAUCUCACAGAAGCUUUUGCAGAUCACCAAGGAAAGCCUUUUAAUGCCCAGCCACUGUUAAACAAUGCCGUGUCAAAUAUCAUCUGCUGUUUGGUGUUUGGGGAUCGAUUUGAGUACACUGAUGAGCAGUAUCAGUCUAUUCUUAGUGACUUCAUUGAGAUGGAACACCUACAGGGAACCAUAGGGACACAGAUGUACAACACAAUGCCCUGGCUGGUGAAGUGGCUGCCUGGACCUCAUCAGAAGAUAUUAACUUUGACGAAACGCGUAACUGAUUUCAUAAAAACGAAAAUCAGAGAACACAUAGAAAAUUUUAACCCAGCAUCACCGCGAGAUUACAUCGAUGCCUUUCUCAUAGAAAUGGGAGAGAAGGAGGGCAGUGAUUCAGUUUUUGAUCACAGCAGUUUAAGUGCGUGUACUAUGGACCUGUUUAUUGCUGGAAGUGAAACUACUACCACUACUUUGAACUGGGGACUACUUUACAUGAUCUGCUACAGUGACAUACAAGAGAGAGUCCAGGCUGAGAUUGAUGCUGUGAUCGGUUCAUCCAGACAGCCGUCUAUGGCUGACAGAGAAAACAUGCCCUAUACUGAUGCGGUCAUCCAUGAGAUCCAGAGAGUGGGCAACAUUAUCCCCUUCAAUCUGGCCCACAGUGCAAUCAAGGACACCACAAUUGAUAAGUACACAAUCCCAAAGGGAACUAUAAUCCUGGCUUCACUUGACUCGGUCCUACAUGAUGAGUCAAUGUGGGAAACUCCACACUCUUUCAACCCCGGACACUUUCUGGACCAGGAUGGUAAAUUUCGCAAGAGAGAGGCCUUCCUUCCAUUUUCUGCCGGUAAGCGUGUGUGUCUCGGAGAACAGCUGGCCAGGAUGGAGUUAUUCCUGUUCUUUGCCUCCCUCCUUCAGAGGUUUUCAUUCUCUGCACCUGCUGGAGAGCAGCCCAGUCUGGAGUUCCAGCUGGGAGCCAUACGCUGUCCCAAACCUUACCGCCUCUGUGCUGUACCACGUUAAACCAUGAAUUAUCACCAACUGAAAAUGUCUGAUUCUCAGCUUGAUACAUCACUCCUUUAUUACAUUUUUCAUCUAAUGCAGUUUAGUUUUUGUUCUUGUACUCCAGUAGAAAAAAUGUUAAACCACCAAAAAACUGAGAUUAGUUCAUCCUUUUAUUCUGACAUUAAGGCAAGUGAAAUAAUGGAGUCGGUCUCUGUUCUGUUUAAGGACUUCGGAGUAUAUGAUACCUGCCUGGUUCAUUGCUUUUACAAGUAAAGUGGAUUCUGUUUUUAGGGACAAUCAAAGUUAUUUGUCAGAAAACUUUCCAC